AUGAAGUCAACCACCUCAAGAAUGUCCCCGCUGGAAACCGAACCGCUCGUCAGGCUGGAUACGGUGACGCCGGAGUCACUGGAGGAUCCGCCAGCUGCUGGCGGUCACUGCGAUUCUUGCUGUCUUCCAGGACCUGCUGGACCAGCUGGAACACCCGGUCAGCCUGGUCGCCCAGGAAAGCCCGGAGCACCUGGACUUCCAGGAAACCCAGGACGCCCACCACAGCAGCCAUGUGACCCAGUCACUCCUCCUCCAUGCAAACCAUGCCCACAAGGACCCCCCGGACCCCCAGGACCUCCUGGACCUGAUGGAGAUGCUGGACGUGAUGGACAACCUGGAGCACCAGGAAAUGGUGCACAACCCGGAGCUCCCGGACCAAAGGGACCACCAGGAUCUAACGGAAACCCAGGAGCCCCUGGUGCCCCCGGACAGCCUGGCUCACCUGCUGUCUCCACUCCACCUACCCCCGGAGCACCCGGACCAGCCGGAAAUCCUGGACCUCAAGGACCACCCGGACCCAAUGGACAGCCUGGACAACCCGGAUCAGCUGGCCAACCCGGACCCAAGGGACCCAAUGGACCCAAUGGACAGCCUGGAGCCGAUGGAAACCCAGGAUCACCCGGACAAGCUGGACAGCCAGGUGGACCCGGAGAACCAGGAAUCUGCCCCAAGUAUUGCGCCAUCGACGGAGGAGUUUUCUUCGAGGACGGAACUCGCCGUUAA